AUGCCCGUGUUCUGCGAGGGCCUGGUCGACUAUUACGACGACCCGCGCAAGGUGAGCGCCGUGGACAAGAACGCCAAGGAUGUGGGCACGGCUCUGUGUACGCCCCUGCCUGCGGCGACGGCAAGCGCGUGGAAGAGCUUCAAGAUCAAGAACAAGAACAUCUCGUCGGAUCUGAAGCUGGCGCCCGCCAAGCUGCACUACAGCAUGCUGGUGAAGGACGCCAGCAAGAUCAGCAUCUCGGACUACCAAGCGCAAGUGGGGCGGACGGGCGGGCGUGUACUUCAGCAUGAAGUCUUGAGCCAUGUCGUCUCCAACGACGAGUACGCGAUCGACCGCCAGGAAGUGGCUUAUCGCUUCGACGGCUCGCCGCUGCCGUGCUCCGAGUCGAGCGCCAACGCGCGCACUUUGGCCGUCACCGUGAGCGAGCCUGGCACCCGCGUAUCGAUGCCCACGACACUCCCAUGGUGCGCGUCAGGCGGUGCGUGA